UCCAACGAGCUUUUCCCAGCACCUCCCCGAAUUUCCGUUGACAGUUCUCAGUGUUUAUGAACAUGACUCCAGAGAGUCAAACUCACAAAGUCCAAAGAGCAGGCUGGGCUCAAUAGUCUGGUUCAAGAUGGGAAUCGAUCACAUCUUUUGGUCUUUCAUCCUUUGAGGACGCUCAACUGCGGCUCUGUGACACAGCGCACUGGAUUAUCAACCUCACRUGCAGACGUGGUACYACCAAGGACAGUGGCGGAUUUAUCGAUAAAUAAUAGUUUUUGUAUUACAAAGAUGUCUAUGUUUAUUGGCUCUCUGUUUAUUUUUAUGGAUGUCCUAUUAUAUGCUCAAUUUAAUUAUUGCAUGGAAAUAGAUUUUUGCGUACCUGUUCGAUUAGAUCAUCAACAUUUAGAAAGACAUACUAUUCGACAGACGGAGGGGAGAAUGAAUGACCAGCUAGUUGUUUUUAAAAUUACUGCUUUCAGGCAAGAAUGUUAUCUAAACCUUUUACCGGAUUCUACAUUUAUUGCGCCCAACAUCACUCCCCACAGCGGCUCCUUAGCAUCAACUUCCUCUGCAACCACAGACCUGAACCACUGCUUCUACUCUGGUGAUGUCAAUGCAGACCAGGAAUCGUAUGCUGCGCUGAGCCUGUGCAAAGGCUUACAAGGCGCCUUUUCUUACCAGGGCAUGGAAUAUUUUAUCAAUCCACUUGGGAACGAAAGGGCCGGAGGAGGAUAUACAGUGAAUACUGAAAGAAGAACCCAUGUCAUACGUCGCCGGGGACGCGACAGGGACUCCAGCGGCAAUUCUACCACGAACAGGUGUGRAGUAAAACCUGGUUUGACCCAAAACCUUUCAGGGUCUUUUGAGAAAUAUAAACGCAUGAAAGGACUGGAGAUGGACAGCCUGACUGAAACUGUAUUGAAGAGCCUGGGUAGAUCCAAAAGGUUUGCCUCCAUCCCUAGGUUUGUGGAGGUUCUUGUCGUGGCUGAUGAGUCUAUGGYCAAAUUCCACGGGGACGACUUGAAACAUUACCUGUUGACCCUGAUGUCUGUGGCUUCAAGGCUGUACAAGCACCCCAGCAUCAUGAAYUCCAUAAACAUAGUGGUGGUGGGCUUCAUGGUGAUCAACGAARCAGAGAAAGGACCCAAGGUUUCCACCAAUGCUGCCCUCACUCUGCGCAGUUUCUGUUCUUGGCAGAAAAAUUUAAACAAAUACAAUGACAAGCACCCUGAAUACUGGGACACUGCAAUCCUAUUCACCAAACAGGACUUGUGUGGAGCCACUACCUGUGACACAUUAGGCAUGGCAGACGUGGGCACUAUGUGUGAUCCCAAGAGAAGCUGCUCUGUCAUCGAGGAUGAUGGCCUCCCUUCGGCCUUCACCACUGCUCAUGAAUUGGGCCAUGUCUUCAACAUGCCCCAUGACAAUGUGAACGCCUGCAAGGAGGUGUUUGGGAAGCUCAAGGACAACCACAUGAUGUCCCCCACGCUGAUCCAGAUCGACCGUGCCAACCCCUGGUCUGUGUGCAGCGCAGCCAUCAUUACAGACUUCCUGGACAGAGGCCACGGGGACUGUCUUCUGGAUCAGCCCCAAAAGCUGCUGGCUCUGCCYGAGAGCCUCCCAGGCACCAACUACAGCCUCCACCGCCAGUGUGAGCUGGCCUUCGGUACGGGCUCCAAGCCCUGUCCCUACAUGCAGCCCUGCUCCAAGCUGUGGUGCACGGGCAAGGCCAGAGGCCAGCUGGUCUGCCAGACACGUCAUUUCCCCUGGGCCGAUGGCACCAGCUGUGGCAACAGUAAGCUCUGCUUCCGAGGGGUGUGCACCGACAAGAACAACACCACUAAGACCAAGGUGGACGGUGGAUGGGGGGGGUGGGGUGUGUAUGGGUCGUGUUCCAGAACCUGUGGAGGAGGAGUUCAGCUGGCCAAAAGAGACUGUAACAACCCUGUUCCAGAAUAUGGAGGGAAAUACUGCAAAGGACUCCGUGUGAAGUAUCGCUCCUGCAAUUUGGACAUCUGCCCAGAAUCAGGCAAAAGCUUCCGUGAGGAGCAGUGCGAGGCGUUCAACGGAUUCAGCCUCAACACCAACAGGCUCUCAGCGUCUGUGGUGUGGGUCCCCAAAUAUUCUGGAGUGUCACCCAAGGACAAGUGCAAGCUCAUCUGCAGGGCCAAUGGAACAGGCUACUUCUAUGUCCUUGCUCCAAAGGUUGUUGAUGGAACACCCUGUUCUCCCGACACCUCUGCAGUGUGUGUCCAAGGGAAAUGUAUCAAGGCGGGCUGCGACGGCAAGCUCAGCUCCAAUAAGAUGAACGGGAACUACGUGGUGUCAGCGGUGGAGCGGGACAUCAUUGUGAAGGGCAGCCUGCUGCGCUACAGCGGUACCACUAGUGCUGUGGAGAUCCUCCAGGCCACCAGRCCUCUCCAGGAAGCCCUGACCGUGGAGGUUCUCUCGGUGGGGAAGAUGACCCCGCCCCGGGUCCGAUACUCCUUCUACCUGGCUCGGGAGCACCACAAGGAGGAGAAGAUCUUGAAGAAAGUGGGGAGGAGCCACUCGCAGAACAGCGUCCUGAUGGACAGCAACAAGGUGGAGCUGAAGGGGCCGUCGCACAAGUCCAUGCCCCCGAACAUGUGGUCGACGGGGGCAUGGGAAGAGUGCACCGUGACCUGUGGGAACGGGCUCCAGAGUAGACGGGUUCAGUGUACAGACCCAGAGGGCAAAACAGCCACGGACUGUGACAGCUUACAGAGGCCGGCUGCCACCAGGGUAUGUGGGGACCCCUGUCCAAUGUGGGACAUAGGCCAGUGGUCGUCGUGCUCCAAGACAUGCGGGAGGGGCUUCAAACGGCGGCCGCUGCGUUGCACCACUCAGACUGGCAUGCACCUACCCAGAGAGCACUGCGCUGGUAUGAAGAAGCCACAGGAACUAGAUUUCUGCACAGUGCAGCCGUGUUAGAGAAGUUCUAUGUCUGCUGACUCUUUGUGUUGUUCCAGUGAUGCUCUUGAAAAKAAAACCCAUUCGCUGUCCUUUAAGGUUCUGACGGACUCCCAUAGUGCAUGGCAUUGUUGUGGAGGACUGUGAUGACAAAAUGGUAUUUGAAAGAGCUAAGGGAAAKAAAGUGGUAGAGGUACAAACUGUGGGACCAUUUCAGUUGAUUUGGAGUUACUGGCUGUGUCCAAAUACUCUUACUUGUGUCCUAAGUAGUAGGGUUUUUGAGUAUGCGAAAAUAUAACGUUUUAUUGUAUGUGAAAUUUCAAAUAUUGAGUGUUUUUAAUGCCAGGAUKCCAUACUUCUUUCGGCUUUUGAUAUAAUAUGAACUCGCUGCACACUAUUGAAGAAGAUUCUUGUGUUUAUUAGAUCCAUGUGAGUUUGACAACAGCUGAUAAUCAGAAAAGGGGAACGGCUGUACCAAAAUAAACGAAAGGYGGGGGACAACCCAGCUAUGCAUUAGAUGACACCCUCUCGGUAUGGAUGAGCCUAGUAUGUUGAUAUUUGUUCAUUACUGCAUACAUUUUUACUAAACAGUAUGUUCUAAAUAGUAUGCAGURCGGUUAGUACAUAGCUUAUUAUUUUAGUUGGCAGUAGGCAACAACGAUUUUUGACACAGCCACAGCCAGUCUACCUCUAGUGAGACAAAGAGUAAAACACACAUGCACGCACACACAGUGCUGGUCUAGGUACAGUCUAUAUAGGUCUAUAGACUAUUUACUGUAUAUGACACAAGAGACUCAAUCAACUUCAAAUCAGUCACUGGAUUAUCAUUGGAGCAGGAUGUUUGUUAUCUUGAUUUACUGACAUCUGAAGUUCACCAUCCCCAUUUUUUCAGUAAUAAUCUUAAUGAAAUGGGAAGUGCAGUACUGUAUCUGCAAAAUAUAAGACCUGUUUCGUCCAUGCACUAGUUUCAAAUUAUAUGUUUGUAUUUACAAUGGAAUUGUAUUAUUMAUAUUGUUAAUUGUUAAUGUAUUAGGUACAUUGACAUAAGUUCAAUAUAAAAAACAAUCUAAAACAAUUUGAAAAGGUCUUGUUAAAAACCCUAAAAUAUACCUUUAUCAGUUUCCAUGAUUAAACAGUAAUAGUAAUAUUUCUCAUAUGAUGAUAAUGAAAACUUCUUAAUGAAAUAUCCUAUACACUUGAAAAGAUUACCAGCAAUAGGCAAUUAUCAAACCAAUUAGGAAUCGAUUUAAAUCAAUUCGGUGAUACAAUAAAGCUUUAAAAUUGSCCAAAAAAUAAAAUAUUUUGAGAGAAACAAACCAUAUAUAUAAACAUCAAACGUACUGUGUGUACUGUAUAACUAAUGAUUCGUUUCAAGAAACAAUAUACUUGUAUUGUGCAAUGCAUCAUUUUCCUCUUAAUGUUGUGUCUUGAACAGUGCACAUUUCACAAAGCUCAGAUUUGAUUCAUGUUUUCGCCAAAGUGAUGAGGAUACUGAAUUAGAGGAAACCCUUAGUACUGCAAGAGACAAAUCUCAGAUUCACUACAUGAACUUGACAUAGCAUUGCUUUCUUACCUCCAGCAGUAGAGCGGAUACUGCUAUUCUUCCUUUUCCCCUUUUGCAUGGUCAUUUGAGAAUUUGAGUUUCCAUUAAAUACUAUUAGUUACAGUGUGUUCAGUUCAGCUAUUUCAAUGCAAUGCUGGUAAAUUAUAAUAGGAACUUUACAAGACCAUGUCACAUCAUUAGUGAUGAAAUUUCUGAUACUCUGUCCUCUCUACUGACUUUUCUAAUAAAGCCUGUGUUAUUGACAUUAAUAUGCAAUAAUAAUUGUUUUAUUGCAAUUCAUAGGAAAGUGACAAAAGGCAUUUUGUUUUGCUCUACAUUCCAUUCAGACCCACUGUAAAUAAGGGUACCUACCUAGCAGAGAGAACCCACUCCCAUGAUACAUUUCUGUUGUCUAUUUUGACAGUCUUGGUUCAGUCUUGUCUCCAUCUUUUAGAUGGUUCCUGUCAUCUUUGGAAUUGGAGCUAUUUCAUUUUCUUUUGCAUCAUGUACAGCAAAAUACUUGUUCUUUCGUCAGCUUCAUUUGUAUACUAUGUAUACAUUCAUCUGUGCACAAAUAAAUAACACGUGAAUAUUGA